GGCUAAUGUGAUAAUAUAAUAAAUAAUUAUAUACUCUGUCGAAAAAGUCCCAUCGAAGAACCAGGCAAGGUUGUUCUCCAUCACAUCACAGCUGUGUUUCUCUUUCUCUCAGCGAACGAGAGGGAGAUACAGAUACCCUUUUGGAUCAAUCACCUUGCGUUGUGGAUCGUGUAGAACGAGAUGGAUCAGAUAUUGAACAAAGUGGGAUCGUAUUGGUUCAACCAGAAAGCCUCCAAGGAGCUUAAUUCCGUUGGUGAUGACAUCAGCUCAAUGUCAAAGAGUAUUGAAGGGGGAACCUCAUGGUUGGUCAACAAAAUAAAAGGAAAGAUGCAAAAGCCAUUACCGGAGUUGCUAAAGGACUAUGAUCUACCAAUAGGAAUUUUUCCUCGGGAUGCAACAAACUAUGAAUUUAAUCCAGAGACAGGAAAGCUUAUUGUUUACAUUCCUCAGGUCUGUGAAGUAGGCUACAGGGAUUCAUCAGUGUUGCGUUUCUUCACCACCGUGACUGGUUAUUUGGAGAAAGGAAAGCUAGCAGACAUUGAGGGAAUAAAGACCAAAGUAUUGAUCUGGGUGAAAGUGACAACCAUAUCCUCUGAGGGAUCAAAGCUCUAUGUGACUGCAGGCAUGAAGAAAACAAGGAGUAGAGAAGCAUAUGAGGUUACAAGAGAUGGUGUAUGCAUAGAUAAGUUCUAAAACUUUCACAUCAUUUUGUGCUUGUGGAUCAUUUUGAUCUCCAUGUGCAUGGUUGGUUAUUGUAAGUAAGUAGUGUUAUAAUAUGUAUUUCAAAUAUUGCCCUUGGAUUCCAAUGCUGCGAUUUGGAGUAAGUGAAAUGUGUCUUUGUAGUUGA